AUGUUUGAUGAUUUCGGGAUUUUUAUUUAUUUUAUUUUUAAACAUCAAAUAGGUUUACUAAAUGAGUUUGGUCAUAAUAGUUUUCGAUUUAUACAUCGUACGUUUCAAGAAUAUCUGGCAGCUAAAAGUAUUAUCUAUUCUUAUGGAAUUGAACGAUCUCAAGAUAUGAUUUAUGAAAAUAUUAAAAACAAAAUUGAUAUUCCUAAUUGGAGAAUUCCUCUUAGUAUGACAUUUGGAAUACUAAGUAAAUCAGUUCAGCAUAGUGAAUUAUUUAACAAUAUUGUUACACGAUUGUUAACAGAUGAACAAGCUUCAUCCAAUGCACAAUCUUCUACACUUCUAGUACCAUUUAUUAUUAUUGAUUCAUUAAAUGAUAUGUACUUCUUAUCAAACGAAACAGAAUAUGAAUUAAUUCGAAAAUUAGCAGACAUGCUAUUAUUUGAUUAUAAAAAUAUGUCUGGUUUCUCAAGAUUAAAAGAACAUCAGAAAUUAAUUCAAUCAUAUUUCUUGAAAUUGAAAAAAAAGUAUGAUAAUACAAUUGCAGAAUGGUUUAUUGAAAAGAUAAGUCAUGAAGAAAAUGUUGCUGCAUGUGCCAACAUUACUUAUCAACUCAAAUGGUAUAAUCCAAAAUUUCACGAAAUAUUUCUAGAGAAUUUACACAAUGAUUCUAUCAUGUGGAAUUGGCCAAUCGAUUCAGUCUUCCGAUUUUAUUCAAAUGACAUUAGAGAUGAAGCAGUUUUAAGGCAAUUGAAAUUUAAAAAUAAAAUAAAUAAAAAUCCCGAAAUCAUCAAACAUAUCAUAAAAAACAAUGAUUGGUUAUGUUUAAUUGUUGCUCUUUAUGGAGGAUACAAAAAUUAUAAUACAGAAAAAACUAUUUCAGAAUAUUAUGAAAUAGCUCAAUUUCUUGAUUUAAGUGAUAAACAAAGAGCACCAUUUAUCAUUUAUUAUCAAGAUGUUUGGGGCAAAGAUGAUGCAGCCUAUAAUAUGGCAGUACGUGCUGAUGAUCUGCAUAGGGCACGACAUUGGAAUGAUAGAUCAAUAUUUGACAAGAAUGAAAUUUACAAAGAAUCAUUUCUGACAAACAAAAUCCUCGGAUUACUUCUUGAAGAAAAACCAGCAAUAGAGUUAACAGAAAAAUUGCGAAAACAAAUAAACAGUCAAAAAUUAAAAGCGAAUGAAAAAACGGAAGCAUUAAUCGCAUUAAUUGCUCUAGGAGAUUUCGAUUUUCUAACUGGUAUUAUACAAGAAGGAAACGAAACAUUUAUCCACAGUUUUGAAAAUCGAAUAGAACAGCUUAUUUAUAUUUUGAAAGAUCCAAUUGCAAGAUGGUCAUUGCAUAUUGACAAAUAUUUACUUCAAAUCUACAAUGAUAUGAAAGUGAAUCAGUUGAAAUAUAAUACAAGCUUUUUAAAUUAUUGCACAAUAUAUUUAUCCUUAAUAGCCAAUAGUGGAGGAUUACCAAUUGACACUAAGAUGUUAGCUGAAACUACAGAUAAUGCUGAAGAUAAAUAUAGUUUAUAUGCAGAAUAUUUUGCCUUUAAACUUACCGGUGCUGCCGAUAGUUUCCAGCAUCACGUAGCUGUUUUAUGGAAGAAAUGCAUUUCUUUAAGCAAAACCGAUCAAAUUAUGAAAUCAUUUUUAAAAAUUAGUGAUGCAGUUCAGAUUUAUAGACCGAUUCGAGCAUAUCCAUGGCCUACAGAUAUAUUUACUUUUAAGUCAAAUAAUGAGGAUGAUAUAUCGAUAGCAUUCUUCAAUUGUUUAGAGAACAUAAAUACAAAUGUACCGUACUUAGUAAAUGGCAUUUCUGAGCUCUUCUUUAAAGAAGGAUAUUUCAAUAGAAAUCCUGAAUUGAUUCCAUUAGUUAUAUUGUUACACUUUGGAAUUAUGUCAAAAGAUUUAGAUAGAUUUAAGAUCUACAAGAAUUUACUACCUGAAUUAGCUGAAACGUCAGAUAUUAAAGAUUUUUUAUUCGAAAAAAUUCAAUCAAUGCGCAAUCCCUACUAUAAAUCGAGAGCAUUAUAUCAAUUAGCUGAAUUUUAUGAUGAAAAAUGCUAUGAACUAUUAAGUGAAUCUUUUACAUUAACAAAAAAUAUUCAAGAGCCAACUUUAAAAUUUCAAGUUUUGGAAAAGAUUUUUAGUAUUGUUCAUUAUAAAGAAGUAAAACAUAUAUUGCUCAUUCAGCAAAUAGUUGAUGAAUUAAUUUUAACAUUUGACAAUAUUGAAGAUCUUUAUAACCGUAUUAUUGCAUCGAUAAGAUUAUCAUUUUAUGGAUCAGGAGAAUUUCGAAAAAAGUAUUUAACAAAUGCUAUAGAAACACUUAUUAGAAUGAAUGAAGAUAAUGACAAAAUCAAAUUAAUUAUUAAAUUAAAGCCAAUAAUUAGUAUUUAUGAUGAUCUUCAAAUUAAAUUCAAUGGAAUUAUAGAAACUCUCGAAAAUAAAAUACAUAAUUAUAUUGUCAAUUCUUACUAUGGAAGAAUAUUAUGUACUGAAAACUUACAUGUUCAUACUUCUAACUUCAGUUUAGAUAUAAAUCAAAAUUUAGAAAAUAGAAAUAAUAACGAGAACAAUGUAGAGAUUCCAGAUUAUACUGAACUUCAAGGUUUAUUCUUAUUGUUUGCACAAUUAAAUGAUACUAAACUAAUAAUUAAUAAAACAGAGAGUACAGAUCAAUUAUGGAUUAAUCUUGUUAAAGAUACUGAUAAUCAGUCAAAUAUUGAAAAGAUCUUAAACAUUGGUUUACAUAAUGAAAUAUUUUUAACACCACAAGUAGCAAUUAUUCUCGAUGAAUUAGUGAAUAAAGGAAAAGAAGAUACUAUUUCAAUUCUUUUCCCAUGUAUUAUAAAACCAUCCAAUGAAGUGUUACCAAUUGUUCAGAGAUGGUUUACGCAAUAUAAUAACAAUCAUAUCAAAAAUUUAUCAGCUCUUUUACUUACAGAAGCAAAGCAUGUUUUUGAACCGGCAAUUGAUACAAUUAUUCAUUUACUAAAAAGUGAUAAUGAUCAAAUGAGAUAUAGAGCUCAACGAAUUUUUCAACAUCCAGAAAGAGAUGUCAAAGAACCCAGUAAGAGAAUAUCUGUAAUAGGAGAAAAAACAUUGAUGAAAAUUGUUGAAAAUGUACAGGUUAAAGAGCAUCUUCCACGAGUUCGAGCUUACGUCCUUAGUUUUUUCUACGAUUUACUAUGGGAUGAUCCUACAGUGUUUCGAAACUUAUGCCAAAAUAUCAAUCAAUUAAAAGACAGAAACUCUGUCAGUGAAAAAAGAGUGCAGUUCUUCAAUAGAAUUCAAUUCAUAAAUGAUCAUAUUUGGGAUUCAAUAAUGAGAACAUUAAAAUCAUCACUAGAUCCAUCAAAUGCAGAACAACUACUUUACUCAAUAAUGUUACUAACACAAUAUGACCAAAUUACACAUGAAAACUGGAUAGAAUUUGCAAGAAUACUAUCAAUUACAGACACAAGUCAAUUUAAAGAAAAAAUAUUCUUUGUACGUAGAGAUGUAGAAAGAAUAGAAUUUAUUAUUGAUAACGUUUUUGCAUUAACAGAUACUAAUGAUGAAACAUUUUUUGAAAUUCUGGAAUCAAAAAUAAUUAGCGAAAUAUGUGUGAAAGUUGAAAGUCUCUCACAAAAUGGGUAUGACGAAAUAAAACAUAUAAGUCGAUGUAACUUUUAUGCAUCAAAUGAUUUAAAUCAAACAAUAUUAACUAUGCUAAAUAAUACUUCAAUAAGUAUUGUUCUUAUGGAAAAUUUAAUUAAAUGGCUAAUACAAAAAAUGAAAAGUUUUAAAGAUUUUGAUGAUACUAUAUUUUCUUUGAUAUUAUGUGAAAAUGUAUUAUCUUUGGUUUCUGCUUGUGUUCAAAAGGAUGAUUAUUUGUAUCGAAAAAUAACAAACUCUUCAAAUUUUAAUAAAUUGCAAAUGAUUAUACUUUUGGAAAAAAUGCUGAAUUAUCAUCCAUAUUUUUUAGCAAGAGGCAACGCUUUCAUAUUACUUUCAGCAAUGGACCAAUCUGAUCAUAGAGUAAUCACAAAUGCCAUGAACACAUUACUUGAUGAAAAUGUUGUGAAAGAAUAUUCUGUAAUUGGAAUGCCUCUAGUACAUUUAUCACCAAAUGAAUUUAUUGAUGAUUUACUUGAAUCUUUAACACAUGAAAGUGCUGUAAAAGCUUAUGAAAUAUCAAAAAUUUUUACAGAAUUUGUUCUAAAUGAAAAAAUAGAUACAACAGGUAAAUCAAAAAUAAUAAAGUACUUAGCAAAUGAAAUUGGACAAUUAAAAUCAAAGAAACCUGUUAAUUAUUACUAUACCGAUAUAAGAAUUCCUUUCACAACAACGUUGGAAAAUGAAUUAUAUAAAGCAUGGAUUAAAAUACAAGGGCUCUCUGGUAAAACACAAUAUUCUAUUAAGAUUGAAAAAUCAAAAGAAUAA